AUGUGCGGGGUUUAAGAAAAUAUGAAGGCUUAGCAGUCACUUAGCUGAAGCAUCUUAGCUUUAGGGUUUAUAUACUUUGACACCUACUCUGCGUGCAAGACGCUUCGCUCUUCAAGCAUUUAAGACAUGAAUUUCAACAACGUUAAAGUUCCCAAGGUGCCUGGCGGAGGUGCAGCUUCUGCUUUGCUUAAGGUUGGAAUUAUUGGUGCAAUUGGUUUGUAUGGCGCUUCCAACAGUCUUUACAAUGUUGAGGGAGGGCACCGAGCCAUUAUGUUCAACCGCAUAGUUGGCGUCAAAGAACAGGUCUAUGCUGAAGGUACACACUUCAUGAUUCCAUGGUUUGAGAGGCCAGUAAUCUAUGAUGUCCGUGCAAAGCCCCAUCUAGUGGAGAGUACUUCUGGGAGCCGUGACCUCCAAAUGGUGAAAAUUGGGCUUCGAGUUCUUACCCGUCCCGUGCCAGACCAGUUACCGACAGUUUAUCGAACCCUUGGUGAGAAUUUCAAUGAAAGGGUCCUGCCUUCAAUUAUUCAUGAAACUUUGAAAGCUGUUGUUGCUCAGUAUAACGCCAGCCAGCUUAUUACUCAGAGGGAGGCUGUUAGUAGGAACAUACGAGAGAUUUUGACUGAAAGGGCUGCCAAUUUCAAUAUUGCACUGGAUGAUGUGUCAAUCACAAGCUUAACUUUUGGGAGGGAGUUUACAGCUGCAAUCGAAGCCAAACAGGUGGCUGCACAAGAUGCUGAAAGGGCUAAAUUUAUUGUGGAAAAAGCCGAACAAGACAAGAGAAGUGCCAUUAUUAGAGCACAGGGUGAGGCCACAAGUGCGCAGCUGAUUGGUCAAGCUAUUGCCAACAACCCAGCUUUCGUCACUCUCAGGAAGAUUGAAGCUGCAAGAGAAAUUGCACAUACUGUCUCAGUUUCAUCAAACAAAGUUUUCCUGAAUGCAGAUGAUUUGUUGCUGAACCUUCAGGAGAUGAAUUUGGAUCCUACUGGAAAGAAAUAGGCAUUACAGGUUAAAUUACCAUUUCUUUAAUCCUGUUAAUCAACUCUAUUGUGGUGAUAUUCCUUGAACCUGAGCAGUGCACAAAUUAAACUGACAUUUGUCUUUUGAUGUACUUUGUGAAACAAGAAAAUUAAGGUUUUUAUCAAAUUACUGUUAGUGGAAAUAUCCCACUUCUAUAAUGGAACUUCUUGAAAUUGUUUCGAUCAGUUUGGUUUA